AUGGCCUUCGGUAAAAGAAGCAAAAGCAACAUAAAAGCUAGGUUAGCGGCUCUUGAAGGCAGCCUCUUGCAGCAGCAGCAGCAGCAGCAACACCAACAACACCAACAACCACAACCGCAACGGGCUGACAAGAGCACGGACGCGCCUACGGACGAGUUUUUGAUCGACAACAUCGCCUUUGGAAACCAGCUUACUCCGCCGUGGGACCUCUUCUCCGUCCCGGAAUUCACACGCGAGACACCCGUGCCGGAGGCGCAGCCCAGGGUUGAGGCACAGUCCAUCUAUGCGGGCGCACAACUCGUGUUUCCGAAUGACAGCAUCUCGGAUGCCGGGGGCGGAGGAGGAGCCUGGUUAUCACCGGGUUGCGACGUCUACGGCAGUCCGCCCGAAGAUGAGCCAGCAAUACAGGAUUCGGUCUUGAGCGCCGUGUCGUUUGACCGUCCCAGCCGGUUGCCGGAGAUCCAAGCAUCGCAGUUGAUGCAAGAAGAUCUAGACCAGCUGUACGCGGACAGGAUGCACUCCUUCGCUCCGAUCGUCCAUCAGCGCCGAUACCACUCGUGGAGGCGGAAGCUGGGGAAGAGCGAGGCGCAGCUGUGUCUACAGUUGGCCAUGUGGACGCUGGCGGCGUCGGUGUCGGCGCCGUACCAGAACGUGGCCGAGUCGUUGUACCGGAGCGCCCGGGGCGCGCUCGAGGGUCUGGACUCCCGGCGGGCGGGUCCGGUGGCCGCGCACUGCGUCGAGGCUGUCCAAGCCUGGGUGCUGCUCGCCAUCCACGAGUUCAUGUGCGCCGAAUUCCACCGGGCCUGGUCUAGCGCCGGGCGCGCAUUCCGGUUAAUCCAGCUCAACUGGCUUCCAGACAUGGACGGGCCGGACCACGGGGCCGCGAAGCCGCCUGACCGCGUCGAGGCCGAGCAGAGAAGGAGGACGUUCUGGAUGGCAUACUGCCUCGAUCGACUCUUCAGCAUCCGGAGUGGCUGCCCUUUUACGUUCAGCGAGCAGAUCUCCAUCCGGCUCCCAACGCCGGACGUGCACUUCCAGAGCGACCAGCCGACGCCCAUGGGAUUCCUCUGGGAGGCGCUGGCGGGGCAGGACAUGGGCCCGACGUCGGCGCUAGUCGAGUGCAUCGUGUUGGCGACCCUGUGCGGCCGGGCUGUGAGCCACCGGCACCAGUCGCUGAUGGACAAGACCUUCUGCAAGUCCAAGGCGGGCCCGGCCGAGGGCUUCUGGGCACGCCACCAGGGCACCUGGGCCAUCCUGACGUGGAGGAUGGACCUGUUCGCGGCCAACCACCUGCCUGACCUGCGCGAGACCGACCCGACCCUCCUGUUCGUCAGCAUGAUGUGGCAGGCUGUCGUUUUGCAUCUGUACCAGACCAUGGACCGUGUCGUGCCCAUUCCCGGCUUGCAGACACCCGCCGCUGUCGAGCUCGCGAGACACGCAUCUGUCGCUGCCCAGGAGGCGGUGGGCCUGGCGGCGAACUUGCUGCGGGGGAGCUACAUGAAGAUCCAUCCGCUCACGUCGAUACCUCUGUCCCUGUGCGCCGACUUCUUCGCGUCGUGCCGCGACUUCGCCGACCCGUUCACGCCACAGCUGCGACGGAUUGCCGAGGCCGCCCACGGGUUAAGGAGCUUCAACAGCCUCGUCGCCGCCGCUGUCGCUGCUGUGGGGGUGGAUGACCGUGUCGGCGGCGGCGGUCAGGCGGGUCAAGCGGGUCAAGCGACUCAGGCGGGGAGUUUUGAGAAUGGCCCGUUGACGGAUCUGUUCCGAACAUGGAGCAAUCUAGUCAUACAAAAGACACUCUAG